GUGACCCAACGUAGUCUCUUAGCUAAUGCUAAAGGAAAACCGAAUCUGAGAAUUUUUACAACUCGAAACCAAACUGAUUGAACAUUAAAGGGCGAGCACGAAACCACACCGCAGCAGGUUCACCUGCAACACUUCACUGACCAAAUGGCUACCGAGAUCCCUAUGGACACGGUGUCAGCUCCUCCCCCUGCCCUAGCCUCUUCACUAGACCCUGCACCUCCGGCUCUCAGCCCAAGUGCAGCUCGAGACCAGUUAUCUAGCCAGCAUCCAGGAUUAGCUGAAUCCCUUCAGACAGUGGUGACCUCAGAAUGCAGUGUUGCUCCAGAUCUCGAUGCAACUCAGCCUGCAGACUCAGAUGUGGCUGCAGGACUUGUUCCUGGUUCUGAGCUUCCCCCAGCCCCUCUGCUGCAACCACCACCACCAGCCACUGCCAAGAACCCAAGCUGCAAGAUUAUGACCUUUCGGCCCACUAUGGAAGAGUUUAAAGACUUUGCAAAAUACAUAGCCUACAUGGAGACCCAAGGAGCUCACCGUGCUGGUGUUGCAAAGGUGAUUCCCCCAGAGGGCUGGAAGCCGAGGAGAUGCUACGACACCAUCGAGGACAUGGUGAUUCCAGCUCCUAUCAUGCAGGUGGUGACCGGUCAGUCUGGUCUGUUUACCCAAUACAACAUCCAGAAGAAGUCAAUGACUGUGAGCGAGUACCGCAAGCUGGCCAACAGCAAAAAGUACUGCACACCUCGCCACAAAGACUUUGAUGACCUUGAGAGGAAAUACUGGAAAAACCUGACAUUUGUGUCACCCAUAUACGGUGCAGAUGUCAGUGGCUCCAUCUAUGAUGAGGACGUUCAAGAGUGGAACAUUAGCCGUCUCAACACACUGUUGGAUAUGGUGGAGCAGGAGUGUGGCAUCGUUAUUGAGGGCGUCAAUACUCCAUAUCUGUAUUUUGGCAUGUGGAAGACCACAUUUGCCUGGCACACUGAGGACAUGGACCUCUACAGCAUCAACUACCUGCAUUUUGGACAGUCCAAAUCCUGGUAUUCAAUUUCACCCGAACAAGGCAAGAGGCUAGAGAGGCUGGCACAAGGAUUCUUCCCUGGCAGUUCCCAAGGCUGUGACGCCUUCCUUCGCCACAAGAUGACGUUGAUAUCGCCAUCCAUCCUUAAAAAAUACAGCAUUCCUUUUGACAGGGUAACUCAGAAUGAAGGGGAGUUUAUAAUCACAUUUCCUUAUGGCUAUCAUGCCGGCUUCAACCACGGUUUCAACUGCGCAGAGUCCACAAACUUUGCAACCCUGCGCUGGGUAGACUAUGGCAAGAUGGCCACCCAGUGUUCUUGUCGUAAGGACAUGGUGAAAAUCUCUAUGGACGUGUUUGUGCGCUGCCUGCAGCCCGAUCGCUACGACCUGUGGAAGCAGGGCAGAGACACUACAAUAAUAGAUCAUCAUAAGACCACUGAGCUCACCAGCCCCGAACUGGAGCAGUGGAGGAAGCAUCGCGUCACAUACCGAGAAAACCUCCUAAGAAAGGCCAUGCAGAGGAUGAAGCAGUUCCGCCGUCUAAAGCUGGAAGAGGUGAAAGUGCUGGCGGAGCAAGGCAUUGCGCUCGAUCAUGCUGAUUACCAGCGCCAAGUGGAGGAGCGUGAAGCCCAGCGGAGGCAGGAGAGGGAGGAGCGUCUAGCCAGAGAGGCCAUGAUGACCCUGAAGGCCAUGGAGCUCGAGGAGCAAAAGGCCGCUGAGGCUGCUGUUAAAGCAGCUGAAACUCCAACCACAGAGGGUGAGGGCGAUGUGAACAUGCAAGAACCACCGCCUCUGACAGAAGACGGUGAAAAAAAGAAGCAGAAGAAGCCAAAGAAGAUGUCACUUAUCGACAAUGCCAUCACUGGAUUUGAGAAAGAAUUUGAGCAGUUUGCCACAUCUGGCAUCAUGAAUUCAGACAGUGCCACGGUCAGUCAUCCAGAGGUACCAGCAGACAACAAGCUGGAGGUGUGCUAUUCCAAGGUGAAGAUGCCAACAGAGGUGAAAAAAAGUCGGCGUCACCCCCUCAGCAAACCGCCCAUGCGCUCCCCUCUGUCCAUUGUCAAGCAAGAUCUAACCAGUGACCAAGAGCUGUCCUCACCCAUGCUGCUGGACAGCACUUUUAAGAAAAAGGAGAACCCUUGGCGGAAUCUUUCACCCAACUUCUUGGCAGAGAAAGCCUUCAAUGUUGCAGUGGCAGCACUUCAACCAUAUUGUGCUGUCUGUUCAAUCUUCUGUCCCUACAUUAAGCCACAAAAGGAUGUCACCAUUGCAAAUGUGGCGCCAACCACCCCUCCCUGUCAUGGCAACAUGACUCGUCCACUGGUCCCAGAGAUGUGCUUUAGCGUUGGGGCAGGAAACACAGAGCCUCCACCCACCAACCCUCACAUUGGAGAGGAUGGAACCAGUCUUCUACUCUGCUGUUGUUCUUGCAAAAUGCAGGUUCAUGCUAGUUGUUACGGUGUAAAGCCAGACUCAGUCAGUGAUUCCUGGAUAUGCUCCAGAUGUACUGCAGGAGCCUGGACAGUGGAGUGUUGUCUCUGCAACUUACGUGGAGGAGCUUUCAAGAUCACUGUUGAUAAGCGCUGGGUCCAUGUCAUCUGUGCAAUCGCUGUGGCUGAAGCUCGCUUUGUCAAUGCCAUCGAAAGGCAGCCAGUGGACAUCAAUGCUGUUCCAGAAACACGCAAGAGUCUGAAGUGUAUGUUCUGUCACAGUAAGAGUGUCAGUCAGAACCGUGGCGCCUGCAUCCAAUGCUCGUAUGAGAACUGUGCCACCUCCUUCCAUGUCACCUGUGCCCAAAUUGCCGGUGUAGUCAUGAAACCAGCUGACUGGCCCUAUGUGGUGUCUGUGACCUGUCACAAACAUAAAAAAGUAAUUCCUCCAAAAGUCACUCCUCCAAAAGUCACUACUCCAAAGGUGCGCCCAGCAGCAGCUAAAAGUAGCCCGUGUCCAAACCUAGGCCAGAAAGUGAUUGGUCGCAACAGUGACAGCUGGUACUACCAUUGUACCGUUAUCGGCAUGGCAACACAGACAUUCUACGAGGUUAACUUUGACGACGGCUCGUAUUGUGACAAUCUGCAACCAGAAAACAUAGUAAGUCAUGACUGUCUGCAUACCGGUCCUCCUGAAGCUGGGGAGAUGAUCUUGGUCAGCACAAAUGAGGGUCAGAUCCUCAAUGCGUCCUUCAUCAAAGAGCACUCUCACAAGUACUACCAGGUUGAGUUUCACGAUCAGACUCAGCUGCUGCUCAAACAAUCGGAGAUCCACUUUUUGGACCAGGAACUGCCUAAGAGGGUCCGUGCCCGACUUGCAAUACCUGCGUCCCAGGAGGUUUCCUCUCCCGACGAAGCCCAAGCAGCAAAGCGCCGCCGUCUGCCCUCUGAUUCAGCCCCUCCCGCCCUGACUCGCAUGGAAACAACCAAUCCGUCCACUUGCACCAUAACUUCAGCCUCAGCACACACAGCAAAACACGACAGAUUUACUACACCGCUGACCUCACAGCCACUGUCCGGGCACAGCAUGAUACCACAGGAUGGAGCCGCCCAAGCCAAUGGUAUUCCGGUGGAUUCUGGAACCCCAAUGGACACAAGCCUCACCCUCACUCAAGCUGUAAUGGGGUCAUCCCUGGUGUCGGACCCCGCACUGACUCCACAGAUGACCCCCUUCCAGUCCGCAUUGAACUCUGACCCCCUCCUGUCGGCCCUGUCCCCUCCCCCGCCACCUCAGCAAAUGUACACACCGAGCAGUGGCUACGUUUCCUACAUGGAGACUCUCCUCAAUUCACAUUUCCCUCAGGAUGACGGGCCUGGACCCCUGUAUUAAAAUAAUAAUUUAUAAAA